AUGUGCAUUCGUCUUAGUGAAGAAUUAUAUCAAGAACUGAGAACGGCCUUGUUUGAACGAAUCCGAGAUAAGGAACCUUCUAUCCGGAUACAAGCAGCAACUGCCUUAUCACGAUUACAAAGUGCUGACGACGAAGUCGAUCAAACCGACGGAAAAACAAUCACAAAGAAACUACUAUGGCUGUUGCAACACGAUCCAAGCGCAAGCAGAGAUAGCGAUGCGGUCAAUCGUCGAGUAGUUUAUCUCAAACCUAUGGUGCAGCUACAAGAUUUCCGUGAUCUCUCCACUGAACAACGCCAUAAACUGUUGAAAUGGGGUUUAAAGGACAGAGAUCCUCUUGUACGACGUGCAGCAAGCAAUAUGAUUUCAAAAGAAUGGAUCAAGCAUGCCGAUAAUAAUUUAUUGGAGUUUCUCGAACGCAUGGAUGUAGUUGGGGAUGGCGCUGUCGCCGAAGAUAUGUUGUAUUCCUUCCUCGAUACCAGAACUGAUAUUGUCAAAUCAAUCAAAUUGGAUGAGCCAUUUUGGGAAAACCUAUCCACGGAAAGUGCACUCAUGGCAAAAGUGCUGAUCAAGUUCCUCAAAGGAACAAAGGAUGACGAGAAACUCGAUGAAGUACUUCCAACUGUGACCCGCUUGGCAUUCAUUAUCCAACACUAUAAUGAUAUUUGGCAACAAGCACCAAAGGAAACGGAAGCCGACUAUGAAUUUAUCAUGAGUCAACUACUUGACAUUGCAAAGUACCUGGAUUAUGCAGAUGAAGUCGGUAGACGAAAAAUGUUUGUCUUGCUACGCGAUAUUUUGAUGGCUCCCGAUAUGCCAGAUGACCACAUGAUUAGCGCAGUACAGCUGUUUAAAAUCAUAUCUUUGGAUGAACGGGAUUUCGUGAGAACCAUCAUCGAAAUCAUAUCUGAUAUCGAAGAAUUAUCGUCGUUUGAUGAGGAUAUGGAAAUGGAAGGACCGUCGAAAAAAUUAAAAUUAAGCGAAAUCACAAGUAUCAAGACGGAAACUGGCGAAGUGGAUCAAAUAUUGCUGCAGAAAAUGCUUUUGCAGCUCAAAUGUUUAAGCAUAUGUAAAUUCAUGCUGGAACGGACUGAAGAGUCAUUACAAGACAACUCUACACUUUACGGAGUGCUGAACGAGCUUAUUGUACCUUCGGUUCAGAGCAAAGAAGCAGUUCUUCGGGAAGAAGGUUUGCAUUGUUUGGGCUUAUGCUGCACAUUAGAUAAGACGUUGGGACACCAUAACAUUCUGCUGUUCGCUCACUGUAUCAACAAUGGUCAUGAACAAUUGCAGCAAAAGGCACUCAUGAUUCUAUUUGAUUUGAUGAUGACAUACGGUGUAUCCACAGUGGAAACCAAACUUGGUGGUCUCGAAGAACUACGAAAGCUGCUUGAAAACUGUGUAGAUCACGAUAACGCAGAGAUCCAAAGCGUUACUGUUGAAGGCUUAUCCAAACUUAUGCUGACACGGAUGUUCCGAGAUGAAUAUACUUUGAGAAUGAUGCUACUGCUUUACUUUUUCCCAACCAGCUUCGACAAUGAAAAGAUCCAACAGUGUUUGAGCUAUUUCUUCCCUGCCUACGCCUACUCCUCUGGUGAAAAUCAAAAGCUACUUGCGCAGGUGGCGAUACCGGCAUUGCUAAAUCUGUGUGACACCUACGUGGAUCUUGAAAAAGAUGAGAAAAUGGCUACACCGACGCGUAUAUCCGACAUGUUGGCUGAUUGGACUGAUCCACGGAAAAUUGAAGUGAGCAAUAUUGCAACAAGCAAUGACGAAGGCAUCGAUACAGCGAUCCAGGCAGACGUGGCUUAUGAAAUUUUGAAAGCGAUCUAUCAUCACAGCGGUAUUGUCCGCAAGACCAUGGUCCAUAUGUUGCUGAAGAUGUACAUCAGUGAAGCCAGUUACCAGCGUCUUGAUAAGCUCAAGAAAAUGACGGAUUUGAUCACUGAGAAAAAGCCAAUCAAAGAGGCGGCAGUACGGAACUCGUUCAAUCGAUUUGUCAAGACAUUGGAUAAAUACUAUGAUGCUGUUGAAAAGCCAGCAGAAGGAGAGGCAGAGGAUGCAGCAACUGACAACGAGCGACAUGAAGAUGGCGGUGACGGUGCUGCUGUUGAAAAGGAAUCUGUGGCAACUGGAGGAGACGAUCCAUCUGUGGCAGAAGAAGAGUCGAUGGCGGCAACAGACGAUGAAGAACGUUCAGUGGCAAGAAAAGGAUCUGGGGCAGCAACCGAUGAUGAGCGUUCUGUGGCAGAAAGGGGAUCUACGGCGGAAAAGAACUCUGAAGCCGAGUAUGCAAUGAAGUCUAGUAGUGAAGAUGAGGACGAGGACUAG